AACGGACUUCGUUACAUAACAAACAUUUGUCUCCUUACUCAAGAUGUUGGUGUUAGCGGCUCUCAUUGUGCUUGCGGGGACCGUGACCUGUCAUUCGGCUCAUUUCAUCAAGCCAUGUCACAGAAACGACAGGGCGUGUUUGAAGCUAUCAGCUCAAGCUGCGGUUCCGAUCCUAGCUAAAGGCAUCCCAAGCUUGGGCAUGAAGCCUUUGGAUCCCAUGGAUAUGGAGGAGGUCAAGGCUAAUAGGGCCGGCCUUAUGAUGCACUUCACCAAUACUAAAGUUUUGGGCUUAAAACAUUGCAAAGUUCUUGAUUUGGUACGUGCGAGUGAUAGCACAACCAUAACCCUCAAGUGCUCGGUGGCUUUGAAGGGUUCGUACUCACUGGGCGGGAAGUUGCUCAUCGUUGACAUAUCGGGAGUUGGGCCGUACACGAUAUUCAUACAUGAUAUAGUAGUUAAGGUGAAGCUUAACGUGGGCGAGCGCGAGGAGCAAGGAAAACGAUAUUGGACUAUUGACAGUUGGAAACACUCAGCUGACGUGACGGGACAAGUGCGAUUCAACUUUCACAACCUCUUCAAUGGAAACGUAGCAUUAGCCAAACAAAUCCUGGACUACGCGAAUCAAAACUGGCACACAAUAUUUGAGGAAGUUUCCCCGCCCAUCGUGACGGCGAUCGUCUCUCAGAUAGUAAACGAAACAACGAAGCUGUUCAAUCAAAUUCCUAUCGAUGACCUCGCCUUAUUUUUGUAUAUUAAUAUGUUAUCCGUGAUUGCCUUGUUGUGUUUCGUCGUUACUUCAGACGGAGUCUCAGUUGCAUCCUUCUUCCCACUAUGUAAGCUUGGUGACGAUGCUUGCAUGCUGUCCUCCGCCAAGUCGUCUCUGCCAAUAUUAGUGAAAGGCAUACCAGAACUGGGAGUUGGGAGUAUAGACCCCAUGUACAUACCGCUGAUAGUGAGCGACGAGAGUGGACUGAAGCUGAAAUUCAAGAACUCGACCAUGACCGGCUUGUCGGGAUGUCAUGUUGAUGAUUUCAAACAUGAUCAUAUCAAAAAGAAGCAGUACACAAAAAUAACUUGUGACGUCACUUUGAGUGGGAACUACGAGGUUCAAGGAAAAGUGCUGAUACUACCAGUGGAAGGAAAUGGGAAAUAUAAUAUAGACAUACGUGGCAUCUCUGUGAAAUGUAAUUUCAAUUUGACUGAAUUCGAAGAGUCCGGAGUCUCGCACUGGAAAAUAAGCGACGAUUGGUCUGAAACUUACAAAUUCAAAGUGCGGGACGGAGCCACCUUCCACUUCGAAAACCUAUUUAACGGCAACAAAAUACUUGCUGAUCCAGUCUUAGAAUUGAUAAACUCAAAUUGGAAGGACAUUAUGGAAGAAAUCGCGCCUCCAAUAAUUAAAGCUGUCAUUGUACGAGAAGUGGAAGCAGUGAACAUGCUGUAUAGUGCUGUACCCGCUGAUGACUUUUUCGUGAAAUAAUGAAAGAUCGAUAUA